AUGUCAACCUCUGCUACUGCGGCGACCGUCUUCAGACUUGUCUUCAACGUCCCUGAGUCGCACGUUGCAGCCUGCAAGGCGGCUAUCUUUGCGGCUGGUGCAGGUCGCUAUCCUAAAGGAACCUAUACUGAAUGUUGCUGGACCACCCUGGGGACCGGCCAGUUCCGGCCAGGCGAUGCAGCCAAUCCAACUAUUGGAGUAGUGGGCGAGUUGGAGUAUGUUCCCGAGGUGCGGGUUGAAGCUCCAUGUGUUGGGAGAGAGGUUGCCAAAAAGGCAGUUGAGGCACUGAAGAGUGCUCACCCCUACGAAGAGCCUUCAUAUCAGGUGUACAAGGUGGAAGACUUUUAA